GAGGGGCAGGAGGCAGUUAUCCAAUUCCCCCAUGGAUCCCGACCGUUGAUUUUCAAUCGGUCGGACAGAACGCUCCGCGUCUGUUUCACUAGCACUUCCUUCAGAUUUUGUCUUGCCGCUGGGCGCGCACGGCGGCGGCGGCGGCGGCGAUGGAGGUGGCGGCGGCGGCGGGGGUCUACGAGGAGAUGCUGCGGGUGGUGGAGGCCUGCGCCGCCCGCAUCCGGUGGCGCCUCCGCCCCCAGUCCAAGCGCCGCCUCCUCAACGAUAUCACGUUCCUCUGCACCGGGUUGCGGCCUGUGAUACUGAUGGACUACGGCGGCACGAUGCCCCAACUACAGGAGAACCUCUGCAGCCUGCUGCACCAUGCUCGGCAGGAAGCAAGCAUAUUGAAUCCACUAAGGGUGAUGGUUAUGAAAGAUAUGCUCUACUUGAUUCACGCAGAAGGACUUGCUGAACAUGUGUCACCAAAUGCAAGGUCACAGCACCAGCUAGCUUUUGUGGACCUAGAGAAAAGCUGUUGCGAACUGCUUGCAAACACGGAAAAGAACGAAACCAUGGUGGAGCUUUUAUCGAUCCAAGAUCGAUUUGCAGCUACAUUCCCUCUUGAAGCAGAUGUAGAACCUGAAACAACACAGCAGAAGUCAAGACUUCCAGAGAGAGCCACUGAUGUGGAGCGCACUGGCAUCAGCAUUCCCGACACAACCUCACUGGUUGUUGAUCUGAGUGCCUUCCUAGAGGGUACCCAAAUGGCACUGCCUUCUCUGAAUGGGUGGCUCUUGGGUUAUCCUGUAACAUAUUUAUUUCGCAAUGAAAGUGGUGAGACGGCCACUCAGAAUCUCUCCAAGCACUCUCUUCAUAUCUACAGGAUAUAUGUGGUCAGAAAUCGCCAUUCAGAUUCUAAGCAAUCAGAAGAGGAACUGUUGAGUUUUUCAGUUCCGUGUGACAUCAGCAUGAAACGCGAGGAAGAACCAUGGGCCAAGUCAUUUCUAGCUCGCGUGAACGGGAAGCUCGAGCGAUGCAGCCAAGUCUGGGCAUCAGUGCGUUUGGAGAUUGAGGUCUUCCAAAGCCAGUCCGGGGUCAUCGUGCUGUAGCUCAGAUCACCGUCAUGCAGUUUUACCACACGAUGUCUGCUAAGCUGGCAUGUUCAAUGCUUGCUGAUGUGUGUUGUCGAUGUGUUGUUCGAUUGGAGAACUGAAAGGUCUGAAUGAGAUGUAGUAUCAUUGGUCUGUUUGUAUGAUUGGUGCGUCGAUGCAUCAUCUCAUCAUCAUGAUGUGUGUCGUGUUCAUCUGAUGGUUGGAUGAUCCACAUCUAUCGGCCAGGCGUUGAUGAGCACAUUGAACUAU